AUGUCCGACUCUUGGGGCCCUGAGCCCACUGCCGACGCCGACACAGGCGAUUGGGGCGUCGGAACUGGCGACGCUGGUAUUGACGAUGCCGACUUCAAGCCUGUUCCUCCCCCCUUGCCUUUCGAGCAUCGCGAUGCUCCCGUUGCCGAGUGGGAGAAGACCACUCCCUAUGACUACCAGGCCAUGGCCACCAAUGACACCGGAGACUGGGAUGGUAACGCCCAGGUUUACUACUGGGAUGGAGAGAUGGGCGAUAUUGGUCCUGAGCACCCUGAGCUGGAGAAGGCCCUCUUUGGCGAGGAAAGUCUUGACAAUGAUGUCAUUGACUUCACCACCAUCACUCAGAUCGAAGUCAGACAGGAGGGUGAGCAGCGCAUUAUCCCCAUCAAGUCUUUCGACGCCGCAGGUCUUCAUCCCGUCAUGUUGAAGAAUAUCAGGAUGGCUGGAUUUACCUUCCCUACACCCAUUCAGCAGUACUCGAUUCCGGCUAUCCACAUGGGACACGAUCUCAUUGCCAUUGCUCAGACUGGAUCUGGCAAGACCGCCGCCUACUUGAUUCCCAUUAUCAACAAGUUGAUGGGAAAGGCCAAGAAGUUGGCAGCUCCUCGCCCCAACCCGGUCGAGGUCGAGGCCGGUGUUGCUACUUCUGUGACUGCCGAGCCGCUGGUCGUUGUUGUCUGUCCUGCCCGUGAGCUCGCGAUCCAGAUUUUCAACGUGGCCCGCAAAUUCUGUUACCGCACCAUGUUGCGCCCCGUGGUGAUCUAUGGUGGUGGUCCCUUGCGAGACCAGGUUUAUCAGCUUCAGAGAGGCUGUGACAUCCUGGUAGCUUCCCCUGGCCGCCUCGUCGACAUGAUGGAGCGUCCCUCUGUCUUGAGCCUGCGCCGAGUUCGGUACAUGGUUGUUGACGAAGCUGACGAAAUGCUCCACCAAGAUUGGGAAGAGGAGUUCAACAAGAUUCUUUCCGGUGGCGAGCAGGAGGAGGGUAAUGUCAAGUAUAUGCUGUUCUCGGCCACUUUCCCCACUCAGAUCCGAAAGCUCGCAAAGGAUCACCUGGCCGCUUCCCACCUUCGCAUCAAUGUCGGACGCGUUGGCAGCACUCAUGCCAAUAUUGAGCAGCAAAUCAUCUGGGUUGACAAUUCCAUGAAGAAGCAGGCACUGUGCGAUCUUCUUUUUUCGCUUGAACCCAAGCGAACGAUCAUCUUCGUCAACAACAGGCGUCUUGCUGACGAGCUGGACGACUAUUUGUUCAACAAGGACAUGCCUUGCACCUCGAUGCAUGCUGAUCGCACUCAGCGUGAGCGCGAGGAUGCUAUGCGUGCUUUCCGCAACGGCACAACUCCCAUCUUGAUUGCAACCGGAGUUACAGCCCGAGGUAUUGAUGUUCGCAAUGUCGGGUAUGUCAUCAACUACGACCUUCCCAGCGUUGACCACGGUGGUAUCACUGAAUACACUCAUCGAAUCGGCCGCACCGCACGAGCCGGUCGGAAGGGCCAGGCCUUUUCCUUCUACACCGAGAGAGACGAGCCCCUUGCCGAGCUGCUGACCAAGACCCUCUUGGAAACUAAGCAGGAGAUCCCCGAGUUCCUGAAGCAGUAUGUCCCCGAGAACGCCGACAUUGAUCAACUGAAGUUUGAGCCCGACUCCGAUGAGGAGAUCGAGGGCGAGGACACUGGAGGUUGGGGCGCUGGCAAUGGUGACGGUGAUGCUGGCAGCUGGGGUGCCGAAAACAACACCAGCAAUGGAGGUGAUUCUGCUGGUUGGGGUACCGACAACAACGCCAGCAAUGGAGGUGAUUCUGCUAGCUGGGGCGCCACUGGCAAUGAUGCCGGCGACUGGGGUGGCAAUGCUACCGCUGCUACUGCUAGCUGGUGA